GAUGAAUCGGUCAACAUCACGCAUCUCUAAACACUACUAUCUAGGGCAUUUGCCAAAGGAUUUGUUUAUAGUUGUUUUUCUUUUGAAGUUACUCAAAUAAACAUGGCGGUAAAAAAGGAGAGAGUUGAUUACGGAGACUUAAGAAAAUGCGGAGAAAUAACCACACUGUUGUCAAUAGAGAGAAAAGAAUUUUUCUUGAACUGUGAAUUCUGUCACCAUUCAUUUUUGCAAUUGGGCGAUUUUAUACAACACAUUUGCGAAGACCACUUGAACAGAUUUGUGGAAAUAAAUCUGAGAAACAAAGAGACAGACUUUCUUGUUUCAGAAAGAAAACAGGAUUCCGCAGAAAUCGACAUGAAAUCGGAAGAGUAUUAUGAGGAAGAUGAUAGUGAACAGUUUUACAAUGACUUUGAAAAAGUUGAAAUAGAGUUGGACACAAGUGAAAUGAGUAUUCUUCCACUAGAUACUGAAGCAGCAGUAUCAGGUACAAUAUCGGACGAAGAAAGCAUGCAAUCUUUCGAAGAUAAUGGAGCAGCUACGUUAUCAGAAGAGAUAAACGUUACCGACAGCGAGUCAGACCUGACCCUUGAGCAGGAGAACGCACAAUACGAUUUCCCGGAACUCAGCAAAAACAAAGUCGAAGAAAAAGAGGCUAAUAAAAGGUUUAAUAUCGAAUUUAUUGAAGAGUAUCGUUCUUUACCGGCAUUGUGGGACACAAGUUCUAAGGCGUACCAUGACCGUAUUUUAAAAAGGGAGCAGUAUGAUAUUUUACUAAAAAAAUAUAAAGAGAAAUACCCAAAUGCGACGGUGACUAAUGUUAAAGAAAAAAUACAGGCGCUCCGCACAAAUUUUAGGCGGGCAUUAAAACAAAGAUCUUCGUCUGGAAUAUCAACCCUAUACUAUUUUGAUGCAAUGAAUUUUUUGUCUAGCAUUACACGAGUUUCUGACUUGGAUGAAACACAUGUUACUUUGAAACCAACGUCCGAAAAGUUCACGGUACAGGAUAGCAAUUUAAAUGAGGAACAAUUUAUCAGAUUGGCUCAUAUAUACCAGCGAUAUCCAAGUCUUUGGGAUGAAAAGAACAUAGCAUAUAGAUUCGCUAACAGGCGACGUGAAGCUUUGAAUAAUGUACUUGAGGAGUUUAAUGAAGCAUAUGGAUUGAAUCUAACGAAAAACGAGUUAGAAAAAGAAAUUUCAAGACUGAGAAAAGUAUGCUCGAAUGAGAAGAGACAAAAGAUAGCAUGUAAACGAAAAAAAAUAGAUUAUAAACCAAGUUGCCCUUAUUAUGAUCACAUCGCUUUUCUGGAAGUCGAUGUAACUCCGUUUGAAUGUUCACAAUGUGAACAACUUAUAUUUGGUCCAUGCCAGUACAAAGUUCAUUUAUCGACUCAUGAUGGCUCACUGCCAUUCAAAUGCCACAUUUGUGGGCAUGGUUUCAAGCUGGUCACUAACCUAACAGUUCAUUUAAGAAGACAUGCUCAAGACUACACGUUUAAUUGUGAGGUGUGUAACAAGCCCCUUGCAACGGCUACAGAAUUAAAAACUCAUGCACGAUUGCAUACGGGUGAAAAACCGUAUGUAUGUGAUAUUUGUGGGAAAGCAACUGGAUCAUUUGCUGAAUUUAAAAGACAUAGGGACCGCCACGAAAAACGACCGCAGCAUAAGUGUGAAAUUUGUUCGAAGGCAUUUUAUGAAAAACCAAAAUUAAAAGACCACGUUAAUGCCCACCUGGAAUUGCGAAACCAUCAUUGUAAUGUGUGUAACAAAUCUUUUACUAGUUCAAAACUUUUGCGACAGCACAAAUUUAUUCAUGAUGCCGAAAAAAGAUAUUCAUGUAGAAUUUGUGGAAAGCGUUUCGCACAAGGGGCUGGCCUUAAUUCGCAUAUGAAGUCUCAUGGUACAAAGUUAUCUUCAAAGCCAUUGAUACAGUGAAAUGCAUGCAUGUAAGCGUACAUAUAAUGCCAAGCGAGUUCCAAGCCAACAUUUGCUAUUUAGAUCAUCAUACAAAGACCAUUGAGUGGAAGUGGAGACACCGGACGUGAUGAACAAGAAUCUGAAAACGUCAAUCGCAGGUAAGAAUAAUCCUGGUGGAACCGAGAAAACGGAUGUUGGAAAAGCUUUAAUUGCGCAAAACCAGGCCAUUUUGCACGUGAUGGUAAGACGGGUUCCAACAGGUACAACAGUUCAACACGACGCAAACGUAGGGCUGAAGAAGACGAAUCCAACCCGAUUCAGUCGUUAAACUAAAACGAGCCAGCACGAGAGGGCGCGCGCUGACUCCCGCAAUUGAAUGCCUCAUAAUCUCCAUCGAAAAUUUGCAGAAAAGAUAGCAAGUCACUGUUAGUGGAUAUGUGGACGGAUAUGAGCGAGUACUAACUGUGGAUACGGACGCAUCACAUUGCAUUAUUCGAUCUGAUUUGGUCACUAAAGAGGUAAGGCCUGGAGCAAGGUUGAGGGCAGAAACUGGUGAGACUACCCAAGAUGUGGAAGAAGUACCAUGCAAAGUCGCAAUAGGGAAUGUGGCGGUGUUACACAAGUGCAUAGCCGCGGAGAUUAUGGAUAGAGUCAUCAUAGGAGUAGACUUCUUACUCUAUGUCUCCACCAGAGCUUAAGCACGUAGUUAUGGCCGUUGAGUUGGACAAUGUCUCCAUCCGAGCUUAACCACGUAGUUACGGCUGUUAGUUUGGUUAUCCCAAAUACCCACAUGAUUGAGCGUGGUUUCGCUAUAUAAAAAUGAUAGCAGUUAACCAUUUCACUGAAACGGUUAAAAAAACUAACUUAAAACUACGUCGAAAAUCUGAUACAACCCUUCGUUUUUAUCAAUAAAAGAUUCAAUACAGUAAUUUAAUUAUUUUUUGAUAUAAAGAUGUAGAGCAUGGCGGAUGCAGAAGUUUACUUAAGUUGUUAAAAAAAUAUACUUACUUAAUUACUUACUUACAUAAAUUUACCCCGUGUUCUUAUUUUUGCAUGAAUCGAAAAUAUUUAAGUGAUUUCCUAUGUCAUACAACUCACACCCCCUAAUCCAGGAUGUUAAGCGACACCGUGCCCAUUGGAAGGCAGCUGAUGGUGCAAGGUGCCGUCAGGGGUCGGAGCCGACCUCUUUGUCUGCGCCCGUCUUGGGAGGUGCCAGUGGGAACAUACCGCACCUAGACUCGGGGUUAAGGGCGCGGGCGAAUUUGCCUGCAUCCAGGACGUAGGUAGGGCCGCAGAUGAAGUCGUCUGCGGUUCUGGACGUGAGGUCACUGGACAGUACGGCCGGCACCAGCCAAGGACUUGCGGCUAAAAUCGUGGCAAAUCCCUCCGUUAGGCCUAAUCGGCACGCUGGGCCGGCAUGGCCACCAAGAUCUUGGACCGAUACAGCGAGCAGGGUGCUUCGCAGCUAUCUGAGCAACACGCGCGGUCGCUCGAGUGGAGUGGUGAGGGUGUUUCUGGGGUUGCGAGCGCAUCCCGUACUGACCCUGUCAAGCGGCAGAGGUCGCAGGAGGGGGAAACCCCCCUCCCCAAGAAGCCUAGAUCGGGUGGGAUGCCUAAGCUCUUUAGCGAGAUCGCUAAACAGUCGGGUUCUAUCACUCUGCGCGUUUUGGAUCGGGGUAAGGAGGACGGGCCAUCGCCAGGGAGGACUGGAGGAAACUGUCGUCGGCUUUAUCCGAGGUCUGUAUGAGAGUGGUCAGGGAAAACCCUGGGUCACCGCCGCGGUGUGAGAGUGCUGGUUGGCACCAGGGCAUGUUUAAGAAGGUGGUGUGCGGGCGUGCGUUCGGCCUC